GCAAAAGUACCAAUUAUUAGAUUCAACGAAAAGACUACAGAAAUUCAAUUUGAUAUGUGUUUCAAUAAUAGAUUGUCAAUUUAUAAAUCAAUAUUAGUUAAGGAAUAUGCAGAUUUGGAUUCAAGAUGUCGUGAUUUAAUAUUAUUAGUUAAGCAUUGGGCCACACAAAAAAAUAUCAAAGAUGCCUCUCAAGGUACCUUCUCUUCAUUCUGUUUAGUUUUAAUGGUCAUUAAUUUCUUACAAAAUGGUGUAAAUCCCCCAAUCUUACCA